AUGACACGGACGAACAUAGGCAAGUCAUUGAUAAGAGCAUUCAAUGCCUCGAACAGUUACCAAUUAGUUGGCAGACCGUUGAAGCCUCAUAAAAACCCAUAUUCAUCCCUUGAGACACCAAAUGUAGAAAAAGAAGACCUUCUCUCCCCAGUUAUAGGCAUCCAAGGGCUUGUUUAUUGCAAAUCCGGGCCUAAACUCAUCCCUCUUGAAGGUGCCGUGGCAAGGAUAACAUGUCUGGCAGUCGAUAUGCAUGGGUUCGAGGCAGUUCCUUUCUCCUUCUUGAGUGAAGCAUGUGAUCCAAAAGGAUACUUCUUCGCAACUUUGUCUCCUUCAGAGGUCGAAGAUAAUAGGAAGCUUAAGGAGUGCAGGGCUUUCCUUGAGCUCUCUCCAUCAGAGACUUGUAAUGUUCCAACAGAUGUAAACAAAGGGAUUAGUGGUGCUCUCCUUGGUUCUUACCGCCUCCUCAGUGACAAGAAGAUGAAAUUGUACACUGUGGGGCCUUUCUUUUUCACUCCGGAGCCAAAAUCAAUAUCUAAUGGUUACUAAAAUAGUACUAAAUUAUUAUAAGUAACCAAGUUUUGCCUUUUCUUGUCUAUUGUUGACUUUAUUGAUUGUUAAGGAAAGGUCUGUUUCACUUGCUUCUGGAUAUGUAGAAGCAAUAAUUUCUCUGUCCUUCCCUAAGCCCAAGCUAUUAUCCAGAUACAAUGCUAUGUAAUUGAAGAAUGAAAGGAGAGGAUGGCAUUUGUUAAGUAUAAAUAUUAUAAGAUCGCCCCACAAGAAGUAGUUUAAUCAUAAAAACCUCCAAAACAUGAGGUAAGAAUUGGAAGAUGUACUUUUUUUUUGAUGAAUGGAAGAUGUACUUUUAAUUAGCUUAAGCAUGUCAAUUUUCAUUGCAUGUGAGAGGGUCAGCAAUAAGAAAUAAUGGAAAAUAAAUUAAUUUGACCUUUA